CAGUUGUGUUUUAUUUUGGCAUUGCGCAACGGAAAUGGUAUUGUCAACCUGUAAAACUUGACGUCAGAUGUUCUCAACGUGUCGGCAGGUUACAUUGCGUUUCACUGAUGCUAUGCGUGAUUAUGGUCCUCCGCCUCUCUGCUGCAUUAAGGUCCAGUCCGCAGCCAGACAUCAGAACCAUCCGCUGAUCUCACUGCGAGACGAAGCACUGCUUCUCUUCCCUUGCUGGUUAUGGAUGCUCGGGUCAGGAUUUGUCGGGAGGUGCGAAUAUCGCGCGGUAGCCACAACAGGUCGCGCAAUAGAUGAUCUCUAGUCACGAGGGCACCGCUGGAGACGUCAUGUGGCCGCCUGGGCGAGCUGGGAGCGGCGUCGGUAAGGUGUGGCGUGGGUGGUGGCGGGGGGUGUGGCGCAAAAGGAUGGAGACAAGCAGUUGCUUCCGCUAUUACUUCAAGCACCCUUGGUCACGCAUUGCCGUGGCCUACUUGGUCAUCUUCUUCAACUUCCUCAUCUUCGCCGAAGACCCCGUGUCCCACAGUCAGAAGGAGGCACGCAUAAUCGUGGUGGGCAACUGCUUCUCCUUCCUUUUCAGCAAGUACCCUGGAGCAGGGUGGAGUGUCCUCAAAGUUAUGUGUUGGAUACUGGCCAUUUUAAGCGGCCUACUCGCGGGGAAGUUUGUAUUCCACCAACUGAUAUUUGGUCGAUACCUGCGCCUGAAAGUCUUUCGCGAGGAUCAUGGCUCCUGGAUGACCAUGUUUUUCACCACGAUCCUCUUUCUCUUUAUCUUCUCGCACAUCUACAACCUUUUCCUGCAGAUGGCUGGCAGCAUGGAGUCUCACAUUGUGACGGAUUACAUGGGCAUCAGGAAUGAGAGUUUUAUGAAGAUUGCUGCAGUAGGUACCUGGAUGGGGGACUUCGUUACUGCAUGGAUGGUGACAGAUAUGAUGCUUCAAGAUGAUAGCUACCCAAACUGGGGGAAAGGUGCUAGAAGGUUCUGGAAAAAAGGCAACAAUAGGAUUCUCCUCUUCUGGAUCGUGCUGGUCUCGUUGACGUCAGUGGUGGUUCUAGUCAUCGUUACUGACUGGAUCUGCUGGGACAAACUGAACCGAGGCUUUCUGCCCAGCGAUGAGGUCUCCAGAGCCUUCCUGGCCUCCUUCAUCUUGGUCUUCGACCUCCUCAUUGUCAUGCAGGACUGGGAGUUCCCUCACUUCAUGGGUAACCUGGAUAUAAAUCUGCCAGGCUUGUCAACCACUGAGGUGAAUAUCAGGCUUCCCUUCUGCAAAGAUAUAAUCAAAGAGGAGUACCGGAUUCAUAUAACAGGUAAAUGGUUCAACUACGGCAUUAUCUUCUUGGUGAUGAUUUUGGAUCUGAACAUGUGGAAGAACCAAAUUUUCUACCAGCCGUACGAGUAUGGUCAGUACGUAGGGCCCGGCGAGAAGAUCUACACAGUGGAGAAACCAGAAACGCUCAACAAGUUUGACCGCAGCACACUGACUUACGAGUGGCGAAAGACCAACGUGGACUCCACCACUAACCGGACUUACUUGCAUGAGGACAUGUUUCUGCACAGCCGUUAUAUCGGGGCCAGCAUGCAGGUCAAGUGUCUAGCCUUCAUCCCCAGCCUGAUGGCGUUCUUUGCCUUUGGCUUCUUCAUCUGGCUGCUGGGACGAUUCGAGGGCAGCAAAACCUCCACGGAAAAUCAAGACAAUAGCUACGAGAGGAUGAACAGGAAGUUGCCCUGCGAAUACAACAACGAGAUGGCGGCCACCCCCGAAGAAAUGGAGGACAUUGACUUGUCGGACAGCCACCAGCCAUCAGGAAGGUCCACGGUGGACUUUGUGGAUGAGGCGCAAACACCGGAGAUGCCCUCCCCCGUACCUGCGGAAAGCAGAGCAACAGAUCCUGUCGUCACGAUUGACGUGGAGCCACACCAAGAACCGGACGUCCCCCACGAAAUCCAGUUUCUCACGUGGCUCGGCGUCGAUGAAACAGACACCUCUCUGUAUACCAGCAAUCACCCGCCAUGACUGAAGAAAUAUACUUUGUCAGCGUGGCGAACCACGUAGUAUUUCUAUGCAUGUUUUCUUACGGCACUUUUCAAACCUAAACUGUUUGGUGGAUCUUUCCAAACCCAACUUUGGCACAGAGCUUGCUGAGAUUUCAUAAUUAAAUGCCUUAACGAAGGCCUAGUUCUUGAACUGGCCCCAGGUCAUUGGAACACAGCAACAGUCGUGCCUUUAUCUUUCUACAAGUCCCAACCAAAUAUGCUGUUACAUAGUACACUGUGAAAAAUCAAACUACCUAUUACUGUAUUUCAUGGUGAUAAACCUCUUGAUGCCCACUGUCGGAAAUUAGUGACAGCCCAGAUCAAAGCUUAGCAUUCCAUUUUACCAAAGAUGCCUGUUGUCACUAAUUCUCACCAUACAUAAUGUUUUAUAUUUAGUAUUAUUUAUUUUCAAAUGGAUUUUGUUAUUAUUAUUUAUUAUGUAUUUUAAUUCACUUUCCCAACUUGAUUUAGCAUCUAAAGUUGUGGUCAAAAGUUUACAUACACU